GCGAGAGUCCCGACCCGAGCCAGCUCGCCUCCCGCCUGCCCUGCUGCACCGAUUGCCCUCCCAACCCUGGCUAGAUGAUUCCACCGCCCCCGCCGCCGUCAUUUCGCCCUCACUCCCUAGUUCGUCUUCCUCAGCCCUUCCACCGUGGUACUCCCUCUGUGUCCAUCUGAGUACGACUCCAAUAGUUCCACCUUGUUUCUCCGUGUCCGAGUCCAACUACAAGAGCUCGCCUUUCUGUCGUUAAAUACCAGUUAGAUCCACAAGUUUGACAAGGAUCCGUCUCCAUGUUCAGCAAGUAUGAUGAUGGCUCGCUGCAUCCGCCGACUCUGCGCCUCAAAUCCGGCGACUGCGAUGGCGACGACGGCCCCAUGGAGGAAGUCCUCCUCGAGAAAUUCGCCUACAUCGUCGACGAGCGGAACCACACCACCGCCACUUCCAAGACAAGGGACAACAAGGAUAUGCAGGUCACCUUCUUCCUUACUCCGCCGCCGCGCGUCUCCUACUUCUCCUGCGUCUGCACGGAGAAAGUGAACUACUUCGUCUCCGAGCCUAAGAUAAUCGCCGCGGAGGGUAACCUGGCCCUCAUCGUCUUGGGGCUCGGAUCAUUGUGCGGCCGAGGCCGCACCGAGCAUGACUAGUACGUCUACCGGGGCCCCGUCCGUGAUGGGGGGCGGCCGAUGCUCAGGCUGCUCGGGCACCCCCCUGACCCCGACCUUUUCCUGCACGGCAGACCAUACUACUUCCAUGAUGAUGAGGUUGGACUCCUGCGGUACCACAUCAACCGCGACCACAUCACCACUCUUGGUCGUGGUCAUAACAACCGGCACGACUAUGAGUACAUGGUAGCCGCAGUCUGCGCUCGGUAUGCCGAACCGGAUCAGUACGACCUCUACACCUAUGACUCCACAACUCAGGAUUGGGCGCGUCAGUCCACCACCCUGCCGGAACCGGACAGACAACAACUUUUGGGGUAUCAGUGUGAGAGGGUGAUCACCGUGGGGGGAGACGCCGGCACCAUGGGCUGGGUCGACUUCGGUCGGGGUAUCAUCCUCUGCGACCUGCUCCGGAAGGAGACCAGCCCCAAGCAUCUUCGCUACAUUAAGCUGCCAGACCCGAUCGAGCCAGACAAUAGGCUCCGCUGCACACCGCGGUGGUUUCAGGACAUCGCCUGUGUUCAAGGCCGGAUCAAGUUACUUGAGCUGCAGAUGGACAUCUGGCAGCCGUUCUCACGCACUGAUGGCCCCUAUGUCCAAACUGGUUGGACAGCUGUCCAAUGGAGCAGGACGGUGGAGGACGACAGCUCGGAAUGGUGCCUGGACAAGGAGCUCAGCGCUUCUGAGAUCAUCAUCCCCGCGGAUAUCGAAGAAAUGCUGCCUAGGCUGCCGGACAACGGUGGCAAAGGCACGGUGUUGGAGAGGUUACACGUUAAAUAUCCCACACUCAGCUUGCUGCCUGGUGAUGAUGUUGUCUGCUUCAUGGCUAAGCUCGACGAAUACGACGAUGACGCAUGGAUGAUUUCCCUUGACAUGAAGAAGAACACUCUGGUAGCAGUGGCACAGUUUGCGACUCAGAGAGGCUUCCGCGCCUUCAGGAAAACCACCAUCUCCAAGUAUCUCACCACGGCUCUAGGUAGUACAAAACAUAACGUGAAACGACCGGGGUGUCGUUGCCAGGAUUCUCUCACAAGAAGCUGCGUCCGACCUCUUCCAGGUAUCAUGAUCAACAAGGGGAAGGAACAGGUGAAGGCAUGGAUGAUAUGGACCUGGAGUAAUUAGGGCAUUGUUCCUUUAUUAUUGCCAAGAAACCCCUGGGUGGUCCGAAUUUUAUUUAUUAAGGUUAUGUACGGCUCAGUAGGAAUGAAGGGUGUCAAGGCUCAAGGGAGACAAUAUUCUAAACUCUCUUCAGAUGAUGUUGGC